AUGCCAACUCCCCGCUCGGCCGCCGAGUCAGAAGACAAUACUUCAUCACUUCGAAAUCCAGGCCCGGUCCACGAUUAUCAUCGCCAUCAGAUCGAACCACCACCAACCGCUGCUCCAGCCCCUUACAAACUAAGUCAGGCCAAGCUCGUCGUCGAUCCUCCUGAUCUCCAGGCAUGGCGAGAAAGACUCUUCCACGUCGACGAUCUCAUCAUCCUCACGCACGAGCAGUUUGAGACGUACUUUCCACACAUUGACAACGUCUACUCACACCGCUCCACGCAGCGCUAUAAGCGAAAGCCCUUCAUCUCGCACUACUGGGACUGCCGCAUGAAGGGACGCCCGCCGGGGACGCCCAAGUCUGAUGAUCCGAACAAGAAGAAGCGCAAGCGCAGCGCGCGCGAACGUGAUCUGUGCGACGUCAAGAUCAAAAUCACCGAGUACUUCCCGGAUGCCGGGGCCGAGGCCGCGCUGGAUCGGGACGUUGCCGCCGCCAUUGCGGCCGGCACGGCGGCUCAUUCCGUCGUCAGCGCGGGGCAGCGGUUCUGGACUAUUCAGAGGGUGAAUGGGAAUGGCGGCAACGGCAAAGCAGACGGAGUGGCUGGUCCUCAUCGGCAUACUCUGGAGAGGAGCGACGAGAUCAAGAAGAGCAGCGUGCAGCGGUUUGUAUCGACGAGAGACAAGGAAGGGAAGAAGAUACAGAGAACGCCUCAAAGCAAGGCUAUUGGAGCUGCGCAAGAGACAGCUCGGAUGCACAGUAGAAAGGCCGAUUUGAGGCUAUACGCAGCCACCUUCUGCCCCUUUUCCCAGCGCGUCUGGAUCGCUCUCGAGGCCAAAGGCCAGGCAUACCAGUACAUCGAAACAGAUCCCUUCAAGCGUCCUGCUCCGACACCGCUCCUUGAAGCUAAUCCGAGAGGUCGCGUUCCCGCUAUUCGACAGGGAGAUUGGGCGUGUUCCGAGAGUGCUGUCAUUCUAGAAUAUCUGGAAGACAUUUAUCCUGAUAUCCCAUUAUUCCCUUCUGAUCCACGACUGAGAGCAAAUUGCCGUCUCUGGAUCCAUCAUAUCAACACCCGCCUUGUCCCAACAUUCUUCUCCCUCCUCCAACCACCAACAUCUUCACAACACCCCUUAAACACCAUCAAUACAUCCACAACGCCAACAUCCUCUGUCGCCCUCUUCCAAUCACACCUGACGGCCCUCAUCCUCGCCGCCGACGAACAAGGCCCUUACUUCCUCGGCCCGUCUCUGUCCCUCGUCGACAUCCAUUUCGCCCCCUUUGCGCUUCGCCUCAGCCGUAUCCUCCAUCGUCGGUAUCCGAAUGCCCUUUUGGCGGAUGCCACUUCGGGCACGCGCUGGCAUCGCUGGUUAAACGCCUUGGAAAUGGAUCCGCAUAUUAGGGCGACGACGGGUACAGAUGAAUUUUAUCUAGAAACUGUUGACCUGCUACUUCAAACGUCAAAUGAAGGAGGGUGA